CUCAGCCAAAACAACUUUUAAAACAUAUAUGGUCAGCCAUAUAACCAGUUGAGAAAUCAUUAAUUUUUCAAUUCAUAAGGCGACCUUAUACAUAUUCGCAUAAGCUUUCAAUUUUAUAAGGUAUGCUUAUGACUUUGAUACACAUUGUUUAUGUGAAAAAAUCAUAAUCUUGCCAUAUAAAAUCAAACGUGAAGAUGGCCGUUUCGUACGACGAGCUGACACUCAUCGCUGAUCUUUUCGGAGACGCUCCGGCGGAAUCAGAACGUGUUUUCUCGCAGUUUGGCCUAACUACAGUUGAUUUGGUGACUAUUGGCCAGACGGCAUUCGAAAAGCGCCUCGGAUUGCUUUUCCCGGAAACAAUUUGUUUGUUUUGGGACGCAAUUGUUGUGGAGAACCCGGAAUGUAAGAAUAUUAACAAAAUUUGUGAUUUAAGUAAAUAAGUUUUAUAUUCAAUACUUUACAGAACUUAACGAGUGUGACUGUCCAGGAGCAGUUCGAAACAAAUCCAACCCAAGAUCCAGCCCCACCGGAAGAGGGACUUAGUCAGGAUUAUAUUGAGGUUAAGUUCAUUCCGGACCGUGAAACAGGGUCUGAAUUGGUCGAGAGCGAUCCAGACGACGAGGAAGUGAAUCCGGGCGUCUUAGAAAUGAGUUCCUUGGAAGAGCCUAAAAUCAUUGUCCAGUCCCACCAUGGUUCUGGGACACUUCAACCGAAGACGUCGCUUCAACGGUCCGCUGAAUUCGACAGCACUGCUGUAGGCAGCCAAGAAGUGAUUGUAGCCAGUACGCCCCAAGCGGCCAGUACGCCCCGAGCGGCCGGCAAGUCCCGAGCGACCGACACAUCCAAGGCAUCUGACACGUCCCAAGCGGCCGGCACGACCCAUGUAGAUGUGGACAUUCCGGAUGCUGGGCUUACGAAGCAAUUGGAAAAAGGGUAUCUUAAGCAUUAUAGAAAUGAGCACAGUCGAUAGGAUGUCGCGUAAUGUUAUCGAAGUUAACAGCAGAUAUUAUUUUAGAUUAAUGUAAAACUAUGUUGUUAAGAUCUGAUUGUAAUCGGAAUAAAAAGUACUGAAAUCAUAUUUCUUAACUUAAAACAACGUUUUCUUGUUUACAAGAUUACUUGUAGCAAUAUAAAGAGAAAAUUACAUUCAUAAGUUUACUGUAUAAGUAAAAAACAGCGAGCCUCGGAUACUUUAAUUCUAUAAGGUUUGCAUAUAAAAGCAAAAAAACAGUCAUAUAUCAAAUUUAUAAGGUUUUCAUAUGGAAAAAAACCAUUCAAUGUUCCUAUGAAAUCUAUAUGGCAAGCGUAUGGAAAAAAUCUAUACGGUUUCCUUAUGGCUUGUAAAGGAUGUUUUGG